UUGGAUUUUAUUAUCACUGAUUCCUUUUCCUACACAUUUUUCUUGCCUGCCAAACAGGGUCGGACUCGAAAUUCACAGUAGCAUCGCCUUUGCUCCUUUCCAUAUCUAUUUUAUAGCUCGAAGCAAUACUGGGUCAGGUCGCGAAUAUUGAAGAAGGGAGAAGAGAUAAACAAUGUCAGUGUUGAUAGUGACGAGUUUGGGGGACAUAGUGGUGGAUUUGUACACAGAUCGCUGUCCUCUCACCUCCAAGAACUUCUUAAAGCUCUGCAAGAUCAAAUAUUACAAUGGUUGUCUGUUUCACAUGGUUCAGAAGGAUUUUACGGCACAGACUGGUGACCCGACUGCAACGGGGACUGGUGGUGAUUCUAUCUACAAAUUUCUAUAUGGUGAUCAAGCUCGCUUUUUCAAUGAUGAGGUCCAUCUGGAUUUAAAGCAUUCAAAAACAGGAACUGUUGCCAUGGCUAGUGCAGGAGAGAAUCUUAAUGCUUCUCAGUUCUAUUUCACGCUGCGUGAUGAUCUAGACUACCUGGAUGGAAAGCAUACUGUUUUUGGUGAGGUUGCAGAAGGGCUUGAGACACUAACGAGGAUAAAUGAAGCUUAUGUGGAUGAUAAAGGGAGACCAUAUAAAAAUAUCCGAAUCAAACACACUUAUAUAUUGGAUGAUCCUUUUGGUGAUCCUUCCCAGCUCACUGAGUUAAUUCCUGACGCUUCUCCAGAAGGAAAGCCAAAGGAUGAGGUUGAUGAUGAUGUGCGACUUGAAGAUGAUUGGGUUCCCCUGGAUGAGCAAUUAGAUACAUCGGAGCUUGAGGAGCUUAUCCGUUCAAAAGAGGCACAUUCUCGUGCAGUUGUACUUGAGAGUAUUGGGGACAUUCCUGAUGCUGAGAUAAAGCCUCCUGACAAUGUGCUAUUUGUUUGUAAACUGAAUCCAGUUACUGAAGAUGAGGACUUGCAUACCAUAUUUUCACGUUUUGGAACUGUGAUAUCGGCGGAAAUUAUCCGUGAUUUCAAGACUGGAGACAGUUUAUGCUAUGCUUUCAUUGAAUUUGAGACCAAUGAGGCAUGUGAACAAGCAUAUUUUAAGAUGGAUAAUGCGUUAAUUGAUGACCGGAGAAUACAUGUGGAUUUCAGUCAAAGUGUUUCAAAACUGUGGUCCCAAUACAGGCGCAGAGAUCACCAAACGGGCAAAGGAACAGGUUGCUUCAAAUGUGGUGCAGUCGACCACAUUGCCAAGGAUUGUACUGGGAGCCCCACCAAGCAACAACAACCUCCAAAAUACAUCUUAAAAGACAACAACACUCAGCAUGGUGGAGAUAAUAACUCUAGGUAUGAAAUGGUUUUUGAUGAAGACACCUCAGAAAGUCCAAAACGAGAAAAGAGACGCCAGGACCAUGGACCUGAAGAUCAAAUUGAGAAAGAAAAACUGAACAGGCGAGGUUCAGAAGACUGGAAACGUAGGGACCAUGACAAGAAAGACUCUGAUGAUAGGCAUAGGCAGAGUGACAAGGGCCAAGAAAGUAGAGCAAGUCGCUUGAGUGGGAGCAGAAGAGACCCAUAUCAUCAUGAAGAGAGAAUUGACAGAGAAAAACAUAGAGAGAGGCAAGACGAAGGAAAAAGAGAGAGAGAUGAGCGGGACUAUAGAAAGAGAAAUGCAGAUAGUGAUAGCCAUAGAGAGAGGAGGGACGGGAGAGACGAACGGCACCACAGAAAGAGAAAUGCAGAUGGUGAUAGGCAUGUAGAUAGAAGGGAUGUUGGGGAUUAUAGAAAGAGAGAUACAGAUGAUGAUGACCAUGGAGAUGGAAGGGAUGGCAGAGAUUACAGAAAGAGAAGCGCUGACAAUGAUGGGCGUGGGGAUAGGAGGGAUGACAGAGAUCACAGAAAGACAAAAGCUGAUGAAGACAGAAGGGACAAGAGGGACAUGAGGGACGAGCCAAGCUACAGAAAGAGAAGUGCUGAUGGUGAUGGCAAUGGAGGAAGGAGGGAAGAGCGAGGUCAUAAAAGGCAUAGCACGGAAAGCAAUGAUGAUCGUGAUAGAAGGCACCGAGGUGACCGGAGGUGAGCUCUAGAUGACAGAAUGGUUGUGAUAAAAACGUGCAUGAAACCUGGUUUUGGUGUUUGUUACCUUCUUAUUUGAGAACUUUGGUAUCAAAUGAUUGUGGAUCGCUCAGGUUUUUAUCCUCAUAUGGCAUUCUUUGUUUGAAACAAUGCCCAAGUUUGUUAACAUUUUGUUAGGCUAAGCCUUUGUAACAAUCUACAUUGAAGGUUGUUUUGUGGGAAUUAAUAGAGGGAAAAAGUAGGGAUUGUCUGAUUUCAA